CAAGCCUUUGCUGUUCGAACUUGACUUUGGGAAGAAGGAGCUCCCCUCGGCAUGUCCAUUGCCCUUCAGUUUAGGCAAAUGAAGAAGCAUCAAGCUAGGGAUCCAGUUGAUCAGAACCUUGGAUCUCGGCCUUAAGACAGCAGAUUCCUCUCCCGCCAAUGAACCGCCUUUCUCCUGUUCCCUUCUUCAUUGCUCAAGUGGGGCCACCUGAAGGACAGGUAAAAAACCCGAACCAGUUUCAUCCUUUGAGAGAGCGCUCCCUUCCCUCCUCUCUCUCGUUUGCCGGCCCGAACUCGGGGGUGGGUGGGGCUGCCCUGACUCUACUUCCUAAAGCAUGAAAUCCUGCAAAUCCCAUUCCCUGGACCCCGGGCUGGAAGCCGAGGCCCCGUGCAAAGGUGGCAUGGAGUGCGUGGGCAAGUGCGGCUCGGAGAGGAUGGAGAACGCCGCCCGCAGGCGGCUGGCGGCCAACGCCAGGGAAAGGCGCCGGAUGCAGGGGCUCAACACGGCUUUCGAUCGCCUGAGAAAAGUGGUCCCCCAGUGGGGCCAGGAUAAAAAGCUGUCCAAGUACGAGACGCUGCAGAUGGCCCUCAGCUACAUCAUGGCCCUGACGCGGAUCCUGGCCGAAGCGGAGAGGUACAGCACCGAGAGGGACUGGCUCAGCCUGCACUGCGAGCACUUCAGCCCGGACAGCUACCCCGCGCUGGUCGGGCCCAAGCUGCCGGGGGACGCCGAGCACUCCGCGCAAAGACUUUUCGCCUACCAGCCCGAACACUUCCAGAUGGCCACUUAG